AUGCGUACACGUCUCAGACCAACGAACAUGUUCGCGUUCACAGCCCUAGGCGCAUCGUUUCUUGCAUUCUCCUCCAAUGUCCUAGCAACCCCCACUCCAUCGCACCGCGACGACUAUGUCAAUUGGAGAAACUUCAGAGCCAAUGGAGUUAAUCUCGGUGGAUGGCUUUGCCAGGAAGCCACCAUCGAUCCAUAUUUCUGGGGCACAUAUUGCAACGGUACCGCCGAUGAGUGGAAUUGCUGUGCCAAACUGGGUGACAGGUGCGCAUCAGUCUUUGAGAAGCGCUAUGCAACGUAUAUCACUCGCGAUGACAUUGAUAAGCUUGCCUCGGGCGGAGUGAACCUUCUUCGCAUCCCGACCACCUACGCAGCGUGGAUCAAGGUUCCAGGUGCGCAGUACCAUUCUGGAAACCAGCAAUCGUACAUCAAGAAAAUCGCUUCGCACGCCAUCAAGAAGUAUGGCAUGCAUAUCGUCCUCGAUAUCCAUGGUCUUCCGGGUGGUAUCAAUGGUCUGGACAUUGGCGAGCGCGUUGGCAAAUGGGACUGGUUCAACAACCAAACCAACCUCGACCUCUCACUCCAAGCAGUCGACCAAGUCCUGAAGUUCAUUCAAAAGUCCGGAAGCCCACAGUCAUACACACUCGCACCCAUCAACGAACCAGCAGACAACCCAGACUUUUCCAAAUUCGGCACCCCGGCAGCUUUGUCAGAUAAUGGUGCUGCCUGGGUACAGAAAUACAUCAACGCCGUGGUCAAGCAUACCAAAGCCGUGAACCCAAAGAUCCCAAUCAUGUUCCAGGGCAGUUUCAAGGGAGAGCCAUUCUGGUCUGGAAACUUUGCUGCGAGCACAAACAUUGUGUUCGAUGUGCACAACUACUACUUCGGCCGCCCGAGCGAUUCGGACAACGUUACCACUAGCAUCUGCGCAGACGCAAAGACGCUUGCUGGUGAUGGCAAAUUCCCUGUAUUUGUGGGCGAGUGGGCCAUCCAGACAUUAUCGAACAACAGGUUUGCGAAUCGCGCUAAGAGUUUGAAUACCGGGCUCUACGCGUACAACAAGUACACACAAGGGAAUGCGUACUGGACAGCAAAGUACUUUGGCAAUGUUUCGGUCGCGGGUGAAGGCGAGCAGGCCGACUAUUGGAAUUAUCUCAACUUCAUCGACAUGGGCAUCAUCGAACCUAGCAUGGGCCAGAAGUACUGUUCAUAA